CGUUGAACCACCCAGAAUGAACGACCCGGAUGAUUGCUGCUGUGGGUUCAUUCCGUGUCUGUGCGUGACGGAAGCCCAAGUGCAGCAAGCAAAGAGACUGGACGACCUGCGCACGAUGUUCCGAACGACCACGUCUGCCUGUGACAUUUGCCUCAUGCUUCCGUGUCUUUGCGAUGGCGACGCGCUCGAAGAAGAACCGAUGGUUGCGCCGUCCGCACCAGCCAAAAAGGUUGUUCCUACCGACCCAUAUGGACGAGUAGAGCUGGUGUGCAGCGACGGAGCAACUGCGACAGAUGCGUGGAUCGCCUCGGAACUGGACGACGUGCUCAAACCUCAUCAGCGGGACGGGAUCAAGUUCUUGUUGCAGCACGUGUCAAAGGAUCAAGGCUGCAUCCUUGCUGACUACAUGGGUCUGGGCAAGACGAUUCAGCUUAUCUCGACCAUCCAUAGCUUUCUCGUGGACGGUUUAUCUCGGGAUACACGGCCCACGGCGUUGGUGCUGUGCCCCACCGUGUGCAUCUUGAACUGGGUGCAGGAGUUCCACAAGUGGCUCGUUCCGUCGUCGUUGGAGCGCUGCCCGAUCUACCAAAUGGACACGACCAACAGUUACAAGUCCAACACGGCGUCCCGUAUCCAGAUCCUCGAAGACUGGAAAGCCAGCGGCGGCGUCCUGAUCAUGGGCUACGAGAUGUUUCGGCUGCUGCUGAAUCCGUCGCGCGUCGUCCAUGACCCUGUCAUCGAAGUCGUGUCCCGCGUUGGAACGGGCGUCCUCGACGUGUCUGAGAAGAAGCAAGGCUUGAUCGACCGCCAACUGCGCCAGCUCACGUCGUUGCUUUGCUCUCCAGGGCCGGACCUGGUGGCGUUAGAUGAAGGCCAUCGAAUCAAAGAUCCGUCAUCUAUUUUGUGCGCUACAUUGGAAAACGUGGCCACACGAAAGCGCAUUGUGCUCACGGGGUACCCAUUGCAGAAUUCGCUGGCAGAGUACUGGUGCAUGGUAAAUUUCUGUCGCCCGGGGUUCCUUGCCUCGUACGAUGAGUUCCGCCAAACGUACGAGCGACCCAUCAUGGAAGGCGACGUGGCCAAGUCGACGCAACUCACGGCCCUUCUUGCGCCCGUGGUGCUUCGCCGCGGCCGCGAUCUCCUCAAUGCGCACCUUCCCGUGAAGAAGGAGUGGAUUGUGCACUGCCAGCUGUCUCCGCUGCAGCACACCAUGUACAUUGACUUUCUGGACCGAGACCGCCAUCAGAACAAGCACUGGGACCUCUUUACCACGUAUGCGACGCUGCUCCAGAUCGUCAACCAUCCGGAUGUCGUACAUCGUCGCAUGCAGUUGCUCUGCGACAAGGGUCCGGACGACGACCAUGAUGAAGACGACGACGUCGACGUGGCCAUAGUGGACGACUGGCGCCCCGUGCUCUCGUCGACUGCCAAGCCCAAGCCCAAGAAACGAAAGCGGGGCAUCGACGCCGAUGCACGGGCCGCCAUGGCGUGGGCGGAACCGAGUCUGCCGACGACGUACGUACCAGGAGACGCGGCGCACAGUGGAAAGAUGGUCGUGCUGUUGCAAUUGAUUCGCGAAAGUCAACAGGCAGGAGACAAAGUCGUCGUGUUUUCGCAAAGUGUGACGACGUUACAGUGCGUGGGACACUUCCUGGACACCACCCAAGAUGAAGAAGAGGCUUCCGUGAACGAAGGUACCGCGACGACGACCGUCAAGCCUCGACGCCGUUGCCGCCGCCAUCCUACUGCCAAGAAGAACCCAACCGCCGACACCAGUCGAAACAAACACCAACGGGGGUACCUUGUCAUCGACGGCAGCCUCUCGUCGUCGAAACGCAUGGAGCACAUCAAUACGUUUAGUGAUGCUAAGAGUAAAGUGAAUGUACUCCUCGUGUCCACAAGAGCGGGGGCGGAAGGCAUUAAUUUGCAUGCUGCGAAUCGCCUUGUGCUGUUUGACGUGAGCUGGAACCCGUCCCACGACCACCAAAGCAUGUGUCGAUCCCAUCGCAUCGGUCAGACCAAGGACGUGCAUGUGUACCGAUUUGUCAGCCACGACACAAUGGAAGAGAAGAUCUACCAUCAGCAGGUGAAAAAAGUCGGGUUGUCGUCCAAUGUUGUGGAUGCCAACAUGUACUCCCAUGAUGGCGCGGGGAUGGCAACGACGUCGUUCUUUGCGGCGCCGCAAGCGCCCGCGACCGCCGACGACAUGUGCAAGCCACACGAGCCGUCGGGAGAUGCCGUGCUGGACAAGUGCCUGGAGCAAGUCGGUCAAUGGGUGCCCAAGUACUUUGAGGCGGUGGCAGCACCGACAUUGGCAGAUACCGAAUAAAAAGCAAACUUGUAUCAAUAUUGCCAGCAUUGGUCAAUGCUGUGGUUUUGACAUUACUUCAUGCGUGGACACUGCCACAUACGUAUACAUCGGGGUCAUUUGGUUCAUGUAUCGCAGCAAAACAGGGCAAAGAAUGGAACGGGUGACGUCAUGCUGAUACUAUUGGAACGCGGUAUGCACCAACAGGAAAAUGAUACCAUGCGCCGACAAGACCAGGGUGGGGAUGGCCUGCGCCAGCAACUCAAUUCCACACGGACGUCGCCGACUGCUGCAACGCGAACAGUGUGGGGACUGCAUAUCGAAUGAAUGAGGCGGACGUCACUCGGA